GGUUAAGCCCGGCCUCCUUUUUCUUAUGGGAAGCGCGCUGGCUGAUCCGAGGAGCUGGGCUUCGGAUUGUCCGUUUCUGGAGCUGGUGCUUUAGGGAGACCCACAAAAUGUGACUCACGGCCUGGCUGGUCUCACUGGCGGUGCAGGGAUUGUGACUCUUUCUCUGGGUUUUGCCCUCCUGGCUGCACCAGCAACCCUUUCUGCGGGCGGGACAUGUUUUGAAGCUUUCCUGCCCAAGCCAGCAAGUCCCUGCGAGUCACCAUGGCAACCAAGCAGCCCCCCCCUCUGAUGAAGAAGCACAGCCAGACAGACCUUGUGAGCCGUCUGAAGACAAGGAAGAUCUUAGGUGUUGGUGGGGAGGAUGAUGAUGGCGAGGUUCAUAGGUCAAAGAUCAGUCAAGUCUUGGGCAAUGAAAUCAAGUUUGCAGUGAGGGAACCUUUGGGGCUCAGGGUUUGGCAGUUUGUCUCAGCCAUCAUAUUCUCUGGGGUCGCCAUCAUGGCUCUCACCUUUCCAGAUCAAAUCUAUGAUGCUGUCUUCAAGGAAGAGGUAGUCAACAGUAAAAUGCCUAUCCGUCUCUAUGGAGGAGCUUUACUUAGUAUCUCACUCAUCAUGUGGAACGCCCUCUAUACAUCUGAGAAGGUCAUAAUCCGUUGGACCCUACUGACCGAAGCUUGCUACUUCGGGGUACAGUUCCUGGUGACUUCAAUCACCUUGGUUGAGAGUGGCCAAGUGUCUACGGGAGCCACAUUUCUUCUCAUCAGCCGAGCCCUCUUUGUACUUAUCAGCAUUUAUUACUACUAUCAAGUUGGACGCAGAUCCAAGAAAGUCUAAUGGCAGAACUUUGGGGUGGGUGGGAGAACUUGGUUGGUUUGGAAAGACUGGAGGGCUUUUCUAUUUUUUUUUUUUUCUGUUUUCUUUUCCACAUUCCUUUUUGAUCACAUUAGUGCAUUGUCUUUAAAAGCAGGAGUCAUUUAGCAUGCAUCAAUAUGUUAGUCCAGUGCUGCUCUCCCGUCUCCCUGCAGACUAAGAAAAAAGAAAGAUCAAAACUGAGGUCCUUCCGGCCUAAUCUCUCUUUGGAAAGGACAGAGAUAAUGAGGCUGGCUCAUAAUAUGAGGGAGGAUGAUUCCCAAUUGUUAGCCAAUUUACACUGUAAACCUAGAUGAUGGUCCAGGAUUUCCCAUUCUGCUAUCCUCCAGACCCAUUAGUCUGAACAUCUGUCACAACAGCCAGUGCAGGAUGGGAAUGAUGGGAGUUGAAGUCCAAGUAUCUUAGACUUGGAAAGGAAUUUCGAGCACCUUUCCAAGAUUUACACACACAGACCCAACAAUUACAUGGAAAUUGCAGUGGAGGUCUUAAGUAUAUUCUUCCUUUUCAUUUGUCACGUGAUUGGAUCUCUUGUCAAGUCUGUCUACUUAAAUUUUACAGCCAGGGCUGAAACAAUGUCUUGCCUUAUGGGGGAAUCCCAGGGCACAUUAUAAAGAAUGCUUAGAAAGUUGAAUAUUGACAUCUUUUAAUGUACCUCUUAGAAGAUGAUAUCAUGACCAUACAUCUGAAACCUUGACAUAAACUAUAUUAAUUUAAAAAAAAGAUUCAAGUUCUUUUGAAGGAAACCUCUAUCUGCUACUGCUUUUAAAUAUGCCUUUUUUGUCAUCAUUUCUCCUUGUCUUCUCUGCUGUUGGCCACUUAGUACUGUUCUAGUUAGUGGUAAGUUGUUUGGUUUUUAAAGUACUAAUUGUUAACUAAAAUACUCUCAGAUAAUUUUAGGAUGAGGAACAUUAGAAGAGGAAACUGAAAUCAUGAUUUCACAGGCUUCUUUCAAGACAAAAAUAAAAACACAGGGGAAUAUUUAUCAGUUUUUACAAAUUAUUGUCAAGUGUUAGUGCAAAUGAAGAAUGCAUAAGAGCUUGGUUAUAAACAAGUACCUAAAAUGGCAUAGUAAAUACUGAACACGUCUAGGUUAGUUUGUAUUGUGUAUGAUAGAAUGAUUUGUGAAUGUGAAAAUGUCUGAUUUUGGUGGUCUUUUCAUCCUUCUUGAAAUGGAAAGAUCAGUUAAAUUGCUAUUUAUGUGCACAUGUAUGUCUAGGAGCACCAAGGGGGAAAUUACAACUGAUUUGGUUAUUUCUCAGGUUUGGCAGUUUAUUACAUGAACUAAAUCAGUUUACUGGGAACUGUGAUUCUGUAAGAUUCCCAAAGAGGUUUAGAUAUGGAUUGUCCUCUGUUGUAGUUGCAAGAGACUGCUAACCUAGAAUAAAUUAAUUUGUUUGGGGGUAGGGAUGGCCCAAUCCAGGUUCUCUAUAUUGUUUAUGUAAUGUUUGCCAAUUACAAAUGGCAGUCUUAGCGUGUCCUUUUAUCCAUUCUGUUAUUUAGCCAAAAGAGAUAAAUAUAAGCUGAUUUCUUCAAACUCAGAACCAAAGUUCUUAAUGAUAUGAAAAAGGGCAACUAUAGACUAAAGUAAGAGAAAUAUUGCUCCAGAUAUAAUCAUGGGUCUACUCAACCUGCAAUUCAUUGUGUUCAGUUGAGAAAUAAAGUAAAUUUGCUUUUUUCCUG